AUGAAUUAGCAACAAUACAACGAAAUGUUUACAGCAUUCUAAACCAACAAGAUUUUGGUAGAACAAUUCGAUAUAUACCUCAAGUAAAAAGUAUUGCUAUUGAUUUUUAUGAAGUGUGGUCAUUUUUAUGAUGAGCAUUUAUUUCAAUAAUUGAUUGAGUUAUCUCUAAAUAAUGGAGUCAUAGAUCUAGAGUGUUUUAUUAAUUAAUACAAUGAGACAGUCGAUACUCUAUAAUAUCGAUCAGAAAUAUUAAAUAAUAAGAUUAAAGAAUUAAGAAUAUUACAUCAGCAAUUGAGUGAUUAGUUAAAUUCGAAUGCCCUGUAACAGAACUCCUUAACACUUUAAAUUAUGGAUUGUCAAAACAUUGAAACUAGAGAUCCCAGCGUUUAUUUAUAAAUCUGUUGUGGACCCAAAACAUACAAGACAAGAACAAUGAAAGGAGUUAGUCCAUAAUUCCAAGAAUAAUUUGAAUUCCCCAUAGACUCUGGUUGUUAGGAUGUUAUAAUAACACUUUUUGAUAGCGUAAGUAAUUGAAUCAACUCUAGAUGAAUGACAAUAUGAUUGGGUACACUCAAUUUUUGAUUUCUGAACUGAGAGAAUAAAAACUAAAAGACAUUAGUGUAAAUUUAUAAAGAUAAGAUAAUAUGAAAAUCAAAACUAAAUUGCAUGUGAUUUUAAAAUUUAAUCAUUCCAAAGUAAGUUUCUUCUAAUUUAGGAAAGCCUAUACAAAUAAGAGCAAUAAAAACUAAAUAACGAAAUAAAUCAGAAUACUUUAGAGGUGAAGGAAACAUAAUAGGCCUUAAAUUGUCUUGCUAAGGUUUUCAGUGGUGGAUGUAUCAAAAUAAGACAAUUGCCUCCAAUUUUGGAGAUUAAAGAAUUUGAAUUGAAAUGUUUGGACAUAUUAAAUGAUGCAUUGUAAGAAAGGAUAUAAGAUUGGGUACCGUUAUUUUACAAAUUAACUGGAUUGGUUGUUGCAUUAUCAGUGAUGAUUAGCUUAUAUAGAUGCUAAUUUUUGGAGGUAUUAACAUGUCAUCAAUAUUAGUUAACAUUAUUAGCAAUUUUAAUGUAACUAUUAAUUUUGAGAGAUAUCAACCAAAAAUGGAUGAGAAUAUUCACAUAUUUAAAUGCUGUCUUAUUCCUUUACGACUUACUCUGGAUUUAUUUAUGUGGAGGAGUAAUUAUUUUAAAUAAUUUUAGAGUAACGGCAUAACCAAAGGAGAAUAACACAUUAACAAAUUUGUCACAGCACUAACUUAUGUUGA